CCCGGGUUGUGUCUCCUCCCCCGCCCCGUGUCGGCUCGUGUCCCCGCCUGGGGCCGGGCCUGUGCUUCCCGCGGGCGGGCCGGUGCUGGAUGUCCGGGCGGACGGUGGACGGGCGGCGGGGCGAACUGGGCCUGAGUGCGGCGGCGGCGGCGGCGGCUGGGGCCGGUCCCCGGGCAGCCCCGCCCAGCGGCAGCGGCAUCGGCGAGGCCCGGGCGGGGCGCAGACGGAUGGCGGAGAGUCGAGCUCGGCUCCCCCGGCUCCCGGGGCCGGGUCCGGGUCUGUUCCCCGACUCCAGCUCGCGGAGGCGCCCGGCCCACGGCCACCGGCUGCGGAAGGUGACGCUGACCAAGCCCAGCUACUGCCAGCGUUGCACCGACUUCAUCUGGGGGCUGGGCGGCUUCCAGUGCGACCUUUGUAAUUUCAUGUGCCACGAGAAGUGCGUGAAGAACGUGAAGACUCUCUGUUCAUGUUUGGCAGCAAACCUGGUGAAGGUUCCUGUGGCGCACAGUCUUGGGGCUCCAGCACUGUACAAGAGGAAGUUCUGCGUGGUGUGUCGCAGGCAGCUGGAGGAGAGUCGUGCGAUGAGAUGUGAAGUGUGUGAACUACACGUCCAUGUGGAUUGCAGCCCGUUUGCCUGCAGUGACUGCCGACGAUGCCAUCAAGAUGGGCAACAUGAUCGGGAGUCAUAUCACCACCACUGGCGAGAAGGGAAUCUAUUGCCCAGUGCUCGCUGUGACGUCUGUAAGAAGGCCUGUGGGUCAUCGGAAGUGUUGUCCGGCUUUCGAUGUGAAUGGUGUGGGAUAACGGUUCAUGCUGAUUGUUACAGUGACCUUACACCAGAGUGUAAUUUUGGCAGAUUACAGAACAUGAUAUUGCCUCCUGAUUGUGUACGUGUAUGUGCACGUAGCUUCAGCAAGUUCCACUCUUUCCGGAUAUCGGAGCACUCGCAAACAGAGCAGGGAGACGAGGAGAGUGGUGAAGAUGAUGAUCCUACUGGAAACCCUGGCUCAUAUAAAGACCCUCAGCCUCCUUCCACAACCGAUUCAGGUAAACAGACGUUAAAGAUAUUCGAUGGUAAUGACACAGUGAAACGCAAUCAAUUUAGAUUAAUUACCGUUCCACGCAUUUCAAAAAUAGAAGAAGCAGUGGAAGCUGCGCUGAGAAUAUUCUACAUUCCAGGCAACCCCCAGGACUACAAACUCCAGGUUUUAAGCCAGGACGCGCUGCUCGGUGAAGAUGUCAACAGGAAUGGGGAGAGGGUGGAGAGCAGGAAGCUGCCAGUGUUCCGGGACACUAUUCCUGAGGCCUGGGUCCUGCGAGCAAAGCCAACGCAAUCUGAAGUCGUCAGAAUAUAUCCCGAAUGGUUAAAGUUUGGCGUGGCCUACAUCUCCAUUCCUGUAACAAUGGAGACCACAGUGAGAGCAGUCAUUCAGGAGGUGCUUCCACAACUUGGGCUGCAGGAUGAAACUAUUGACGAUUUCCAAGUGGUGGAGGUCUACAUGGGCUGUAAACAGGUGCAGAGAGUGGUGUUGACUCAGUUUGAAUAUUUGCUUUGCAGACUUCAAGAUAUCAGGAAGCUCUCUGUUCGUCAAAUGAACCAGACGAGAUUCUACAUCACGAAGAAGCAGAAGAGUGUAGUACAGGUGAAGCUGUUGCUCAUGGGGCUGCCACAUCACCUGUCUCAGGACCAGUACUUCUCAUUGCUCACUACUUACCUGGACAUCAAACGGAAUGCAGUGUCUCUCAGUUACCUAUACGCAGAUCAAGGUGCCGUUGUGCUGGAGAUUUCUUGCUUUGCUGAGGCGGAGAGGAUUUACAUGCUUGUUAGAGACACUACCAUCAAUGACAAACAGCUCUCUACAGUUAUAAUUCCUGACAUUCAGGCCUCCCAGCUGCCCCUGGAGUCCUGUCCUCUCCUUCUCUUCGUCAAUCCAAAGAGCGGGAGUUUGAAAGGAUGCGAGCUGCUGCACUCUUUCCGGAAACUUCUGAAUCCUCAUCAGGUCUUUGACCUUACAAAUGGAGGUCCUUUGCCAGGGGUGCACACGUUCCGGCAGGUGCCGUGUUUCCGGAUCGUGGUGUGCGGGGGUGAUGGCACGGUGGGCUGGGUGCUGGGAGUGCUGGAUGAGGUUCGACACAAGCUGGCCUGCACGAUGCCCCCCGUGGCUGUACUACCCCUCGGGACAGGCAAUGACCUGGCCAGGGUGCUACGCUGGGGACCUGGUUACACCAAUGAGGAUCCCUUCUCCAUCCUGGUGGCCGUGGAUGAGGCAGAAGAGGUCCUGAUGGAUCGGUGGACAAUCCUUCUUGAUGGCCAGCAGCUUACUGAGAGCACUGAGAAUGGAGCCUCUGAACUGGAACCACCAAAGCAGAUCGUACAUAUGAACAACUACUGUGGGCUGGGCAUCGAUGCUGAGCUCAGCCUGGACUUUCACCAGGCUCGGCUGGACGACCCCGGCAAGUUCAACAGCAGGUUUCAUAACAAGGGGAUGUACGUGAAGGUGGGUCUACAGAAGAUCAGCCACACACGUGGUCUACAUAAGGAAAUCAAGCUGCAGGUGGAUGACAAGGAGCUCGAACUGCCCAGCAUCGAGGGCCUCAUCUUCCUCAACAUCCCCAGCUGGGGAUCAGGAGCAGAUCUGUGGGGCGGAGACAGUGACGGCCACUAUGACCGGCCCCGCAUCGAUGACGGGAUGCUGGAAGUCGUCGGAGUUACUGGUGUGGUUCAUAUGGGGCAGGUGCAGAGCGGCCUGCGGUCUGGCAUCCGGAUAGCACAGGGCACCUACUUCCGCGUGACGCUGCUCAAGGCCAUCCCUCUGCAGGUGGACGGCGAGCCCUGGAUCCAGUCCCCAGGGAUCAUCAUCAUCUCUGCUGCUGGCCCAAAGGUUCAUAUGUUGAAAAAAUGCAAACAGAAGCAGAAAAAACAUCCUAGUAGUUUCAAGGAUUCAAGAACUGAGAUCUCUCCUGCCUCAGAAGUGAGCAGCUGAAAAAUCAACAAUCUUUCCCAGUUCAUUUGAAGAUGUGGUGACAUAAAUCUCAAGGUUACGUGCUGAACGAUAUCCAGUUUGCAGGAAGUCAGUUUGUAAUAAUUCUGAGAUGUAUUUGUUUCCGCUCAAAAUGUAAUUGGAGCCUUGCCUGACAUUCCCGUAACAGACACUGAAUUAGCAACUACACGAUUCCUGUUUCUUGUUCAACAAGGUGGGAGAAUUACCAAUUAAUUACCAAUAAACCUACACGAGGAAAUGCCUCAAUCUUUGCCCCUUCGGGACCUGCUCUGUGAACCAUAAAACGAGCAGCCCUUCACUCCUACAUGGGCUGGGAAGGCGUGGUCAAUCCAUUCACAAGACCUCCAGUUUCCACCUUGUGGCUCCUUGUCCCUUACUUUGAAAACAAAUCUCAAAGCAUUUCUGAAUUAUUUUAUUCCAAACCUACAAAUAUUCCUUUUAAGAGACAAGAGUCUUAUAAAUAUUCUUAAUUUAGAAACAGGACAUGGAAACCAAGUAUUGGUUUACCUCAGAUUACUUAAUUAGUGUUGAGAUGAUAAAGCCAAUUAAUUAAACGUACACCUUGAUGCUGAUCUUUAGUGUACUUUGAAAAAGACAUGUUUGCAAAGAGAAAAUAGUUUUAUACAUAUUUAUGUUUGUGGGUGAUAUUCAGGGAUAUAUCGUUAAUGUGUGGAUGAACACUCUUUAUUGAUUAGUCUUUUGGCCGAUAGAACAUUAAUGCCAUUGAAAUUAAUGCAACCCUAGAUUGUAAACACAAUAUUCAUAAUCUUUUAAUGCAGCAACUGGUCAAAGUAUCUCUGACAUGUGUAACAACACUAACUGUACAGACUUUUAGAUUUGAUGGAAAUUAGGUUGCCCUUUUGAAAUAUAUAGUGCCAAAUCAGCUUAAAUGGAAUAAUUUCAAGCAGCUCUGUGCAAAUGUUUUGUCUCACCUGAGUUUUCUUCAUGUGCCUAAUUUUGUAAACCAUAUUCUUGCAAAUUUUCAUUCUGGGGUUAUCUCAAGGCCACUUUGCCGUCAUUCGCGCGGCAUUUACACAACCUGCUAGCGUGUGGGUAGCGCGGGACGGGCGCAUGGAGUGGCGUGGAGGGGUGUGGACUUCGUCCUGCACAAAAUCUUCGCGUGCCACCGGCCUGUCGCGUAACUGACAGCCAAAGUGGGACAGGCCCAGCAGAUCACGCACCGUGAUUAAUUCCUGCUAAACCUUGCAAAGCUGCAGCAGCUGAGUGGCUGAAGAUCGUCACUCUGUUUGUUUGACUCAUUCGUUACAGGCAAUAUUUCCCUCUUUGUUUCCUCUGCCGGCUUUGGUGGCCACUUGUCUUUCACCAUCGCAUUCUGCAAGGAAUAAUGUCCUCAUGAUAGUUACAAACUGUAGAAACACAAGAGACCUCAGGUGCUGGAAUCUCGAGCAAAAUAAAGUGCUGGAGGAACUUCAACCGUCAAAAGGGGUCUGACCAAUUCUCUCCUCAGAUGCUGCCCGAUUCACUGUUGCUCCAGCAGUUUGUGUUGUUACAAACUUCACUUGCCAAUCCUUUAUUCUACGACAAUCUCACUAUUAGUACAAUAGGGCCAGGCAGCAUCUCCGGAGGGCAUGAAUAGGUGACGUUUCAGGUCAGAAGAAGGAUCCCCAUCUGACCAUGUUUUUCAGGUAUGAUGCCUGACCUGCUGAGCUACUCCAGCACUUUGUCUUUUUGUUCUAAACCAGCAUCUGCAGUUCCUUGUGUUCCUGCUAUUAGUACAUUGCCUGGUUUUAGCAAUAAAUGACAAUGUUUAUCCUACAGGUGACAAAGUAUAAAAGCAGCCAAAAUAGCAUUUUCAAAAGCUACAUCUGGUAUCUAGUUUUCAUGUAAAACAAAGCCAGUGCUGGAGGCAGCAGCCUCACAUCCCCAUAUACCACAGUUUGGUUGCUCCAGUCCGUGUCAACCAAUGAAGAGAUGUCAACAUCAAUUGUCCCUGCUGUCCUUGCACUGGUGUUGUGGCCAGAAUUAACAUUCAUUGUCACUCUUCUGGGAAGAGGUUAGGGCUGGUGAAACAUAUCAACACUUUCCUGUCUUCAGUGACAGAUCGCAACAUUCCUCACUCAGUUCAGCACCAGUCUGAAAAAUGUGGUUAAGAAUAAAUUUGUCAAAUUCUCAUGAAUUGAGUUGAAUCUCACACCUAAUACCAUCUAACAGCAUUGAAGCCGUAUUAUUAUUUUUAUUUUCAUGUUCAAAAUUUAACUUUCUCUUAAUUUGCCAUCACUUAAAGCUCCAACAUAAUUGAUUUCAUCAGAAUGAAAUCCUCUGCUGAAAUGAAAACAAGGUUCUACGGUGUUACUGCUCUUUCUAUCCCACGGAUGCUGUUAAAACUGCUGAUUGUUUUCAGCAUUGUCUGUUUUUAAUUUCAGAUUCCAGCCAUUAAGGUUGUUUGUAUUGGAAUUGCUUUGUUGACUGUUGCUUGGUGCUGAUGCUGAUUUAGGGUUGGGUAGCACCUCAUUUAAUGUGCUAUUCAAUCCUUCACAGAAGCAUGAGCACGAUGUUACAGGCAGCUGAGGUUUGCGUGUAAAUGCAGCACUUUUCUCGUUGUGUUCGGAUGCGCUGACUGAACGGAAUCUGCAGCCAUUGAAAAAUGGGGAACUUUCUCCGUCCCAAAAUGUUUACAUUUUGAGUUUCCAGAGUUCUAUUUUGCUAAUGAUGAUGGGUUUAGAAAAAAUAUUUGCAUAUUUGUACCUUUAUUAAUUUGACAGAAGCAAUUCUAUUUUGGUAUGGUGUUUAAAGUUUUGUGGACUGUUCUAGGUUAAUAUUUUCAGUAUCUUGGGAUUUAUAUUUAUGUGGUAAGUUUUUUUUUAAACAAUAGUUGCAAUUACAGGAAUAUAGAGUGGACUGGAGACAUAAGGAAUUGAAGAUGUUGGAAAGCUGGGCAAAACCCAAAGUGCUGGAGGAACUCAGCAGGUCGGGCAGCAACUGUGGAUGGAAUGGACAGAUAACGUUUCAGGCCAGGAAAUCUGAAGAAGUGUCCUGACCGGAAACGCAGCCUAUCUAUUUCCUCCACAGACGCUGCCUGACCCGCUGAGUUCCUCCAGCACCAUGCGUUUUGCUGUUGAUCAUCACUGAUGAUACAUUCCACACACUUCUUGUGACCACGUUACUCAACAAGGGACAGAUUCAUUUUGACUCAUCUGGAAUUGCAAUAUUUACACCUUAUUUUCCUGCAGAGGGAAAAGAAACAAUUGACUGUUUUACUGACCAAAGCUGAAAGGUUGUCUUAGUUUAUUAAAGCAGUAUUUUAAUCCACUACAAUAUUUCAUAAUUUCACAAACAAUCCUUAUGAUUUUCUGUGGAUUUGCCUGUUUCCCUGCACAGAUGAACCAUGUGGGGUGCCUGACCUAGAUCAUCAUAGUUAAAUGUAAAGGUUGGCCAGCAACAUAGAAGCCUGUAACAUAUAACUGUCUUUGUUGGUGUCUUGGUAUUGUUUUCUGGACAAGACCAGUACAGGGCAUUUAAAGGAAUAAAUAGAGUGCCAAGCUUAAACGUGGGUGCAAGCUACAGACCCAAAACUGUCUCUAAUACCUUAUUACCAAAAGAUGCUUGUUUUCCCCUAAUGUCGGGCAUGAACCAGUGAAUACUCAUAGUAACAGCCCUGUUUCUACACUGUGGCUCUGCUGCUUUUGAAAGUGCCUGUGAAGGACACUUUAUUAUGUCCUUUGCUGGGAGGUAUCUGUGGAAUUUAUUAUAUUGCAUUUUGGUAAGAAGAUGUAGUAAUAUGUUUAGCUACCUUGCAGAGAUUGGAACCAAUCACACUCUUGACAUUCCAAAAGAUAAAACGUUGAAAAUGUUUAAAACGGAACAGAUUUCUCAUGAAAAUACCAAUGCUUUGUGUAACCAUGAAAUAAACUGCCCCUUUCAUGCACUGUGGAUAUCUGUGUGGUUGCGUUCAUCGUUUUUGUAGGCUGCUGGAAUCCAUUUUAACUGUCAAUGUCGUUGUUAAAAGCAAGCAUGAGGUGUGCAAAUGAAUAGGACAGAAAAUGUACAGAAAAUUGUUUACUUCUAAUAUCUUAUUCCAGUUGGUGUCAUGUAAUGUUAGUUUUCCGAUGAAAUCCCAUGGGGAUGUUACUUGUACACAACGUGUUAUACUGAAUGUGAGUCUGGUGUUGAACGUUGAUCUGACUACCAUGCCACCAACUCCUGCUCUGACAAUCUGCGUAACUCCAUGGUCAUUGAAUCAGGUUGUGCCGACUUAGAAACUUGAAUAAAUGGGUGGUUAAAUAUAUUGCACUGUUGUCUAUAUUAGCCUGCUUCUGAAUGUAAUUCUGUGUGUGGAAAGAAUAAUAAACUCAGAAACAUCUGUAAAAUUAUCUCCAAUUUUACAAAAGGUUGAUAAAUAUACAGUUGCAUAGA